UUUUUUUAUGCCUCUCCGAGUCUUCACUGAACAAAAGCCAACUCUGUGUUUCAGAUGUAGGCGCCUGUCUGUGAUUCUAAUGAUUCACCGUGCGCAUGCGCUGAGCGGUGGCGCGUCUGCUCUGGAGUUUAUUCAUCAACGCUCUGAAACUUCGGUAUUAUUCUGCGUUUAAGGACGCGUGUCACGGUGUGAAAGGAAAAUACUGACUGACGUGCGGCUAAAUGGAUUGAGACGGUCCGGCGAGAGAAAGAAUAAAAGAAGUGAGUGAGAGAGAGAGCAAGGACGAAUAAUCCAGCUAAUCCAGGCCAAUCCCAGCCGUUCAGACUCCUCUGAGCCACAGACAAAACACAGCGGCUCAUAUGCGCGUCUGAUGCGCUUUAGACGGGCUGUUUUGGGGGAUCCUGGGGCGCUGAAGGCCUGCGGUGGGAUUCGUAAACACUAAAAUAACAGAUCAGAGUGCUGGUGGACGUCAGGUGUGUCGGGACAAAGCUGAAGGAAAAGGACAGCGCUGGAUGUCAUUCAUCUUACAAAACGUCACGUUUCUGGAGAAACAGUGUUCAACUUUGGUGUGGACAUGCACUCAGAUGCAGUUUUAAAGGAGAUAUAAAAGACGUGACGGUGUGAAACAGAUGUUUGGAAGAAGUUCUGCUUGAUUUACAUCUGGCAUCUGUUUAAAUUUGAGGAGCACAUCAUCAUCAACUUAUAUUUUUGACAGACUUUUUGGCUUUGGUUUUAAGGAUCAUUUAAGUCAUAUUUCUCAUCAUGAGUCUGGGAAAGCUGCCGGCGAUCAAAGGCCUGGUGUCCACGUCUCACGGCAAACAUCGGUUUAAGAGCGAGCUGUCGGUGGACAUGAUCAGUCCGCCACUCGGCGACUUCCGCCACACCAUGCACGUGGGCCGCGGUGGGGACGUCUUCGGUGACACUUCGUUUCUGAGCAACUAUGGCGGAUCAAGUAACAGCGAUGGAAUACGGUACCCGGAUUCGCCCCCCGGCUCCAAACCGACACGCUUUUUGUCACGAACACUGCAGCAUGUGAGAAAGACUCCUCUGCCCCGGCUGAGAGGAGGGUCACGUGACUUCUCGUCCCCUCCACCGCCCAUCUCGCCCAUCAUUAAAAACGCCAUCUCUCUGCCUCAGCUGAACAUGAACGACGGCGGCCUGAUGAGGGCGCUGCUGCCCACCUCCACCAGCUCACCGGACGCACCGCUCUGCUCCUACGGUACCAACACAGACACCAAACUUAUCAAUUAAAUUUAUCGUUA